GUGUGCUGUGCCGCUAAGGUGGAUCUCGCGGGUGGGUUAAAGGGGUUUUGAUUAGGGGGUAGGCCUCCCAAUGCGCUGUUUUGGUGUACGUCGAUUGAGGGUUGAUUGGAUGGUGCCGCCGGAUUGGGGAAUUCGGGGUAGCGGAAUCUGUCUUCUGGUUGAUCCCGUUGCUCUCUUCUCCUGCUGCAACGCACACUUAGCUGUUGACCUGUUAUGCGUUGCGCAGAGUGCAGUCUGGAUUCUGAAAUCUAACAUGAUGUUUGCAGAAAUAUUUGUGGGAGAGCCAUGGAGCACGAUGCCAGAGGAUGUAAAGGAUGAUAGCACAUUAUCAGCCUUUACCAUUAAUUCCCCUAGUACUUUUUUAGGAUGGAAUAUUGAGGUGAAGAGGAAAAAAGAAGCUGAGCCUGGAACAUCAAGCAGAGGCACCAGACAGCAAUCACGAGUUCAGGAGGCAACGAAGGGCAAUAAAAAGGAAUCAUCAGCUGCAGAAGAUCUGUUUAUGCAGAAGUUGAAGAUGGCUGCUGAGAAAAAGAUUGGAGCAACGAAGGCAGAGUUCUUCUGCAAGGCAUUUGAAGAAGCUCUUGAGAAACUUGUUUACAAAGAGCUGAAUCUGGAUGCUGCUAAGAAGUUUCUAAGUGCGUAUGAGAGCUGAUGGUGGAAUUAUAGGCAGAUGCUGCUCGAAGAUCCGCAGGUGCCAAUGAUCCGAUGCAAUUGAUUGGAAGUAGCUGAUGCUGUUGAGGUUGGUCGUCUGGCUACAUUUGCAGACAAUAGACGUCACUUAUUGGUUGCCUACAUUUUUUUUGGCUUGUUUUAUUCUCCAUUCCUACCAUCCAAAGAGGAAAAGAGGCCAACUCAUGUGUUUAAAGUUGUCGAUUAACCUUGAAUUUCCCCGAGAAUGGGAGACUCGGUAUAUCGAAAUCCAUUCAUGCUUUUUUUGUGUGUGACUUGAAAUCCA